AUGUGAGACAAAAAUUUGGUUUUCUAUGUUUUUACAUGACAAGCUGUACGCUUUCGUUUCCCGUUUUUUUCUGUAUUAACACAUUGAUAACAAUGUAUUAWCUCAAGGUGCAUAUGACAAUACUUUUUAUUUCAAAAAUAGCGUUAUUAGGUUAUCCAAGUGUUAUUGGAUGAAGGCUUCACAAUACUGAGAAAAUUCAGGUGCAAAACAUUAUGCUAAUUUGAUAUAGUCAAAAUGUGUAUUUUACAAAAUUUCAAUUUUGUCUUAUUUCAGGCACUCUUAAGUAAUCUUUCCCAAACUGUAGAAGUUCGUUUUUGGUUACUCAGUAAGAUACAUUGCACUUAGAAAAGAAGGAAAAAUUAAGAGUAAUUUGUAUAAUCAAUGAGUACACAMUUUGACGUCAAUAAUUAGUAUAAUAAUGUUUAUUUUAAAUUGGAAGUCGGCAUUCAAUGAUCCCUGACCAAAUUAGUAUUAUCGUCAURUUUAUUUUUAAAUGAAUUUCCUGUGAUAUGCACCUCUAUAAUUUGCGUGAUAAACUGGAAAGAGGAAGCCCAAAUAAGGGUAGGGCCGUAGUGGAAAGCAGUGAGGUCUUCUGUCAAACUAUUCCAUUCUGGGUCAUGCAACGUCUUAACACAUUUAUUGUGUUAACUGGUUCUUAAAUAAUUUUCAAACUUUAGAAACCGAGCCCCAUUACGUGGUUAUAACCUGAUUUUCAUUCGUGUUCCGCUGUGCUGAAGUACCUCUCCCGACUUACUAGUGCUUUUCCGGUCUGCUGAAGGCUUAUUACGAGGAUCGGAGCGAAAAUAAGAAGGGAACUCGAAGUGAAAAGACUARUUUUGAUGAACAUAUCGACUUUCGUGUUGGGGAGGAACCGACUUKACGGCUAAAAAUAACAGUUUUGACACGCCCUAUCUUAUGAUAGGCGUAAGUAGUCGCUCCUUUCUACAUAAGUACAUGCACUUCUUGGUCAUCUCGUAAGAAAGCGAUUUAUGGUCAACACUCGUACACUUAGAAAGUUAUUGCACUGUAAUGAAGCUGAAGAACAAAGAUAACUCGCGUCCUGUGCAACGCGGCAAACAAGACGAGAGAGAGCAACAAAAAGAACAAGAUGUUGAAUCUCCUAAUCAGAUUGUUCCAGCAAAUUUUGAUGAGUCUGGAUCUCCUGAAGAGCCAGGAAAAUUCAGUGGAGUCUUCAAACAAGUUCUUCGUGCGUUAGAUAUACUCCAGUCCCUUUGCAAGUUACAAYUAACCCUCAAGUAUCAGAAAUGGAGGGUUGUCGUCGUCAAAACGGCAAAACUCGGCAAAGUGAUCGGUUGUAAGAUAACGUGUGAUCUUCAUAAAGGAAAACUACGUCUAAAAUUAGAGACUUCUGCACUCGUUACUGUAAUUUCGUCUCUCAUCCCUGCACCGAUACAAACUGCAGUAACUUCGAUCAACACCGCCUUCAAACGUAUCCCUUCUGGAAAUGCCGUCAUUGUGUCUCAACUUUCUGAGAAAAUACUUCACUUCAUAGCCAAGGCAAAAAGUUCAACAAAAGCAAUAUCAUGUCCUUCAAUUCCCAAUGCCAUUGGCAGCAAAAUCGCUGAUGACAAUCCCGUAGUAAGUCUUGUAGACUCACUUUUAUCGCUCAAUGUUGUUUUUAUUCUUGGGGAAAGCACUGCUAUCAAACUCAAGAGGAAGCAAAUCCUUGGUUUUGCCCAGACAGGAGAUGUUGAGAUAGACCUGCGACACGGAAUAGAGAUCGUCAAACGGCCAAGAAACCUGUUCAGGAGAGAACACAUUUCUUUAGCCUUGCUGAAACUGACGGAGUGGACAAGCUCUGAGCGGGAACUGAAGAUGACAAUUGAAAUCAUUGAGAUAUUGAAAUACGUCAAGAACUUCCAGUCUCACUAGCAACUCAUCGUGCACUUACACUCAGUAGGUUACAUAUACCUAUUUCAAAAAAGGUGUGGCGAAUGUCCGGAACGGCGAAGUUGCCCGACCGAAAGUAGUUUUUGCUAAUUGAUGACAAAUAACAACUGAUUUAUACUGUAAGAUAGUCUGUGUGAAACAUUGCCUCCAUUUAGUCUUCACUUUCUAUCCAAGGUGAAUCCAAUAAGUAACAUUUGUCAAAACAGUCUAACCAUAGUCCCUUUCGGUCGUACAAUCUCCCUUCGACAGUUGCCGUUCGCCGUUCUCCCCGACAACGUUUUUUGAAAUAGCCGUGUAUGUGGCCCGCAAGUKUUGAGACACUAGUCCAGCUCUGCACACAUCCACUGAACGUUUUUAAAGUUUUACUUUUAUAAAAUAUUACUAGCAUAAAUGAAUAUAUUAAAAACUUGAAAUGACAGAUAAUAUAASAAGCUCUGUCGGUGUACAACAAUUUGUGGUUGUCGCUGCGGCUAAUUUGUUGUCGACGUCAUUUAAUCCAUCCUUUCGUCGUUCUUUCAUCUUUUGAGACAAACUUUUCUCUGKUUUGGGAUGACUCCAUAACAAAACUUUUCUCUGAGAAAGUUUUAACAGGACUAGUAAAUGAGUCACACAUUUGAAUUAUGYGACGUUUUGAAAUUAGUCCUUAGUACAAUGCAAGUAGCAAUUUUAAGCAAACAUAAAAAAUCAAAUAUAAUUACAGCCGACUAAGAUGGUUUCGAAAGUGRUUUUGGCAAAAUAAUAUACGAAGGAAAUCCGCUAGCUUAGUGUUCCGAUGGCAGUCAGUAGCUUUCAAAAAAGGCAUAGGACGUCAAUUAUAUAAGCUCUGUAAACCUACGAUACAUAAAAUAAAAUUUCUCGUGAUACA